AUGGCAUCAAGUAAUGGCCAAGACCAAUGGCCCAAAGAAGACAUUGAGAUGUUACUGGACCUCCUAGAGGAUAAUCUCCCACCCAAUGACAAUAACACAUUCAAAGCAACCCAGUCACAGAUGGACUGGGGAAAAGUAGCUUUUAAAGAUUAUUCUGGAGAAAUGUGCAAGCUCAAGUGGUUAGAAAUUUCUAAUAAAAUAAGAAAGUUUCAUACUUUGACAGAAAUAGUUCUGGAAACUAAGGAAUAUUUGAAAAAGUCUUACGAAAGGAAAACACUCAAGAACCACCCCCACCUACCCAAGUGGCCCCUGACUGCUUACUUCCGCUUCUGCAUGCAGAACAGGGCCCAGUACUCCCAAAUAUACCCUGAGUUGAACAACCUGGAGCUGACCAAGGUCCUGUCUAAGAAAUACAAGGACCUCCGAGAACAAAUGAAGCUGAAAUACAUUCAAGAUUUCGAGAAAGAGAAAGAGGAGUUUGAGGAGAAACUGGCUCAGUUUAGGAAGGACCACCCUGAUCUAGUCCAGAAUACCAAGACUUCUGUUGUACCUAAAAGGAGACCAACCAAAGCCCAAAAGGAACUUCAGGAAAAUGUGGAAAAUGUGAAAUCUCCCUCAGAAAACUAUUUUUCUGGGAAGAUAAAAUUCAUAUUUCUGUGACUAGGAGAGCUCAAGAAGCCCCCAAUGAAUGAAUACCACAAGUUCCACCAGGACUUGUGGUCAAGUAGGGAGCUGCAAGACCUGCCCCCAAGGGAGCGCAUGGUGGAGAUUGACAGACGCUGGCAGAGAGUCCCACUGAGCCAGAAGCAGCAUUACAAGAAGCAGGCCGAGGAGCUGCAGAAACAGUACAAGGUGGACCUGGAUCACUGGCUCAAGAGUCUGUCCCCUGAAGAAUACACUGCUUACAGAGAGAGAACCUAUACUAAGCGUAAGAACAUGAACAUGAAUGGAGGCCCGGACGCCAAGAUCAUCAGGACAGAUGUGCUCUGUCCUUCAGCAAGGGCUCUGCAAGAAGGGCUCUGCAAGGAGGAGCAGGGGCUGCAGGCUCCAGAGACAGAAUCAUCAGGGACUAAAGGGGCCCAUUCUCAUGCCUCACACACAUCAGAAGAAAAUAAGGAAGAUGCAGAAAAGGCAGAAAGCAGUAGCUCCUCAGACUCCAGCAGUGGGGAAGAAGAUGAAGACUGUGAGGACAGCAGCUGCAGCUCAUCUUCCUCAGGGGUCACCUCUGACUCAAACUGA